AUGUCGCCAUCUGCAGAUCAAGCCAUCACAGCAAAAGGAUAUAAGAUUGAGUCUGCAGGCGCAAAUAACAUGUCCAAAGGGGGGGCCAACCCCCACGUGCCCCCCACGUUCGGUGAUAAGUAUGAACAACGCAGAUGGAUGCUUGAACAUGCGUCGGCGGCAUUUCGUGUUUUUGCCCGUUUUGGUUACAGUGAGGGCGAGGCAGGACAUAUAUCAUUGAGAGACCCAGUAGAUCCGACCACAUUCUUCAUCAAUCCAUUGGGAGUGCACUUUGCCAUGAUAAGUCCCGCCGAUUUGGUGCAUGUUGAUCGCAAGGGCAAUAUUUUGCCUGAUGGGAAUCAGGCACCCAUCAAUGCGGCAGGGUUUGCCAUACAUCUGUCGUUACAAGAGGCCAGGCCCGAUAUCAACGCGGCAUGCCAUGCACAUUCAGUUUACGGCAAGGCGUACUCUGCGUUCGGCCAACCAAUUGAGAUGUUGAACCAGGAUGCAUGUGUUUUUUACAACACACAGGCCGUGUACAAGAAUUUCGGGGGAGUAGCAAUCGAAGGCGACGAGGGCCAGGAAAUCGCCGAUGCAGCUGGCGGUGCACGGGCCGUUAUUUUGCAAAACCAUGGGCUACUCACAAUGGGAAAGACAGUGGACGAAGCUGCGUAUUUGUUCAUGCUCAUGGAAAAAUCGUGUCAGGUGCAGCUUUUGGCUGACGCUGCUGCUGCGGGGGCCAAGCGGGCAAAAGUCUUGAUUCCUGAAGACGUGUGCGCUUAUUCUGCAGAUGUGACAAACCACCCAGAUGUCAUGUACAGCUCUUUCCAAUCUGAGUAUAGCUAUCAGAGAAGGUUAGAUAAGGACGAGUUUUUAUGUGCAAAAAGUGACUAG